AGCUGGAUGUUACGGCGUUUCUGAUAGGACGAAACUUUGCCGCUUCUAGAGCUCUAUUUUGAACAUAAAUACGAGCAGCCACAGGCUUUCUCAGAGACAAGGGGGCUGCCAGAGAGGUGACGUUGUGUCGUUCGGCUCUCUGGCACAAGUAGUAAUUAUGUGGCUCUAGGUAUUUUAAUUUUUUUACAAGGCCGAAUGAACGUUUUUGUCUACGCGGAGCCACCGAGUCACCUACCACCGGUGUUUCGGAGAGGCAUUUUUGGAAAUGUGUUUUUAAAUUCACGCUAGCUGGCUGGUUAGCUUCCGGGAUAGCGUGUACUUAGGAGUGUUUUACUCAUUGGCAUCGUCUGGCCUCAAAGCUCAGGCUAAAUUUACUCCCAAACUGUUGUCUCCGGGAUUUGUCCAGGUUAAGAAGCAGGGAAGAUGGAGCCCCGUUUCGGCAGUGUUAGCCCGCAAAGCGUCGCUUUCAAAAGCAGGCCCAAUGGGAUCCCCGGGCUUUCCUCGCUUAAUCUUCCCGACGUCAGCGGAAGGAGUUCGCACUGCAGGAAUCUGUUCUCCCCCGGACCAGCGACCGUGUUGUCUCCGGUCACCAAUUUGGCUCUGGACAUGAACAAUUUGGCAGGCCUUGGAAGCCAAUCUGAUACCCCGAAAAGGAGAAAGCAUCCCCCCCUGGAGAAGGUUCCUUCUUUCGCCUCAGACGUCUCGUCUGAUGCUGGCCUUGGCUUAGAUCUUCCUAGUCCUGUGGAUGGGGAAGUGGAAGACACAUUUGAGAAAGCCAUUCAGCAGUCACGGCGAGUUUUCAACGAGAAGAUGCCAAUUAGAAGAAUCAACUCAUUGCCACCCCAGCUCCUGGGCUUCAGUCCGGCUCUGAAAGGACAGGAGACGGAUUCCAAUCGCUACGGAAUAUUUGGCCAGCAGCCUCAGCAAAUGAAGCCCUCCGUCUCUCAGUUUGACAACAAGGAGAACAUGCCAGAGGAGUUCUUUGAAUUCAAGAAACCAUCCAAGCCCGCGUCUCGGUGUCGUGGGCGUUCCUCCAACGGAGGACAUUUAAAGGACGCCUUCGCCGCCCGUCCUAGCUCCGCUCCAGCUCUCAUGCUCUCUUCACCUCCGCCAAUCCAGCAGCUUGAAUACGAUUCAAGCCCCGUUUUCCUGAGGCACUCCUCCCUGACCUCCUCUCUGAACGACGACGAAGACGAUGGCUUUUUGGACGUACUCGAUGACAACAUGGCGGAUGAUUCUGGGAUGCCAACAGGAAUGGCAAGCUUGCUCACUGCACCACUUGUGGCUGACAGUGCAGGAGAGGACUCUCCCAUCGUCCGGUGUCGGCCACGGAACUUGUUUCGCUCGCCCUCCAUGCCCAGCCCGGUGUCCCGCCCCGCCGUGAAGCGCCCCGACUGCCCUGCAGAUGAAAACACUCCUGUGAGGGUGAAGAGGCGGCGGAGCGUCGCGGGAACACCUUUCACCGAGCUGGACCAAAGUCCAGAAUCUCCAAGAACGAGCUGUUUGCUGCUCCAACGGUCCAAGUCCUUCUGUCACGCAGAGAUCGAGAAGCUUCUGGACAAGUCGGACGGCUCCAAUGAGCUGAUCGGAGACUUCACUAAGCCUUUCGUUCUUCCAACGGUUGACGGAAAACAUCAAGACCUCAAGUACAUUACCUCAGAAAUGAUGGUGGCAGCUCUCACCGGCCAGUUUGAUCACCUCGUAGAUCAGGUCAUCGUCAUAGACUGCCGCUACCCCUACGAGUUUGAAGGUGGACACAUCAAGGGGGCUUUGAACCUGCACCAAGAAGACCAAGUGGAGGAUUUCCUCCUCAAGACCCCCAUCGUCCCCUCCUGCCCAGAGAAGCGAGUUGUCAUCGUCUUCCACUGCGAGUUCUCCUCGGAGCGCGGCCCUCGAAUGUGCCGCUUCGUCAGGGAACGGGACCGCGCUGUCAACGUGUAUCCCAAUCUCCACUACCCCGAACUUUACAUCCUCAAGGGCGGAUACAAAGACUUCUUCCCUUUUUUCCAGACCCAGUGUGAGCCCCAGUCCUACCGGCCGAUGCACCACGAAGACUUCAAGGACGACCUCAGGAAAUUCCGCCUGAAAAGUCGCACCUGGGCCGGAGAGCGCAGCAAGCGGGACAUGUACUGCCGCCUGAAGAAAUGGUGACCACCAGCUCCUCUCAUCCUGCCUCCCCGUAUAAAUGGACUCAGCAGGCCCUCCCCAUGCAGCCCACCGCCUCAGCCCACCCACUAGAAAGACCUUUUUGGAUAACACCAACAGAAAGAGGCUUUUAUAAUUAUUAUUAUUAUUUUAUCCCCCCCUUUUUAAAUUUUUUUUUUUAUUUUUAUUUUUUUUUAAGCAAAUCCCCCAAGUUUUGUUUACGUAUUUAUGCUACAUUUCCAGAUGGGGAAAGACUUGAAAGGAAAGAAGCUUCCUCCUUCACAGAAUGCUGAAGCGAGUUGUCAUCGUCUUCCACUGCGAGUUCUCGUCGGAGCGCGGAAGCAAAGUGACUGUUUUAUGAAAACCACUUGGACCUAUUGCUCAUGUUUACCUGUUUGUUUUUCUUUAUAUAUAUAUAUAUAUAGAAAAAUUUGAUUGAUCUGGAAGCACAAAUCAGUGACAUUGCAAUAAUACAACUGAACCAAAAAAUAAAUCACGUCUUAUUAUUAUUUUUCCUGCCAUUUUAAGCACUUAAUUUUAACACCAUGAGGUGCUUUUUUUUUCUAGUCCUUUGUAUUGUAUAUUGUUUUGAUGAUUUGGCCCCAAUAUUUUUUUUUUUGUUGUUUUUUUUUUCCCCCCUGAUAUCAUUGUAGUACCUUGUCCAGGAUUUCCAAAAAUGCUAAUUGGAUUUUGUAAUGGCAUGCAAAAAAAGAUGAAGUCAGAUAUUUUCUCUCUUCUCCUUCCUGACCAGUUGCAAUACUUGUUCAUUUUUCCUCAGUGAAAAUACCAAAGCAAACCAAACUACCUGUUAACUGCACUGAUUUUUUUCUUAUGCUGCAGGUCGGCAAGAGUGAAAACAUCUUUGAUUUGUAUCUUUUUUUCUUUUUUUUUUUUUCUUUCUUUGCUGUGACUUCUUAAUUUUCAAAGAUAAAACGGUCUUGCCCCGGUUCUGAACCUGUGUGAGUGUCAGUAGGUUGGCUUCAGUAUUUUGGUGCAGGCUUGUGGUGGAGCUGCUGAAUAAAGAUCCUAUAUGAAUUCA